GUUAUGUUUGAUGUUUGCUUUCUGAUCGAGUCCCGUCGGUGGGAUGAAUUGGUAAGUGGAUGAAGCUAAUCGGGGCUAAGAGCAGGGGGGUGGAGAGUGAUGAUAGAGAGAAGACGAGUCAAAAGAGAAAGAAAAAGAGAGAGAGAGAGAGAGAGAGAGAGUGUGUGUGUGUGUUCAAACCGAUGCGCAGUCUGAUCAAUGUCGUUGAAAGCACUUAAGAUUGACCCGCGACAUAUCGAGGGUAUAAAACGCGGGUCAAAUUAAACUUAGUUAUGACUUUUUGCGCAAGGAGCAAUGCUGCAAAGCCCGCUGUCUAUGUCCUUGCAGAAAGGUCUUUCAUGUACGUGCACGAUCUUGGGAACAAUGGCUGGAAAGGGUGGGCUCCUGAUGGAGAAAAGGCCCCGCCCCCCUUCUUGCAGAAGAAGAAAGGUUCCAUCAUGAUCUUAUCAUCGGAUCGACCGCUAGGCCCGCGAUUGCGAUUGCCAUUUGCUCAUCGACCCCUCGAAACUGAUGACUUAUCGAGCCAUCGGCAACUGGGCCAGCGCAAGGCAAACGGAAUGGAGAUUGACAGUGAGAGAGAGAGAGAGAGAGAUAGAGAGACGACUGGGUGCGGUGCGAUGGGCCAGUCGUGUGGUUCAUAUACCGUGCGUAUCCCCUACAUAUCUACGUAUCCUUGGGGAGGCGGGUUUGGGGACUGGUUUUGGACUCGUCAUCUCUGGCCCCGCAAACAGAAGCGGAUAACCUCUCCGAAUCAUUUUGUUUGGUUCAAACGGCAGUAGCUAUAGUAGGUAGGUACUACUACCUAACUUAGUACGGAGUAGAGUAGUGGAGGUUGAUAGCGCACACUGUCGAUUGAGUACGGAGCCACUUGGAGUCCUGUCAGUCAUAUGAUUGGACAGGCAGCGUAGAAAGAUCUCGUUACUUGCUAGAAUGAAGUACUGUACAUGCACACUGUAUUCCUUUGUAGAAAGGAGUUCACCGGGGAUCUGUAGUGUGGCUGAAGCGGGAGUCUGGAGAAGCAACACUUCAA